AUUAGUUAAAAUACUUUUUUCAUUCAUAAAAAAGACGUAUGAUAUAAACUUUUUAUAAAAUGUAAAGUGAAAACCUGCAACUUAACUCGAUGGCAACAUUAAAAGAAUUCUCGUUUGUUUGACAAGUGCAAAUUUUUUUCUCUGUUUAUAAAUAAUAAAUCUUAAUCGUAAAUGCUUUAAUAGUCUGCAAGAAAUUUAAUGAAGUUUCUUAAAGAUUUGGAAAUAUAGCAAGAUGUUGGAUGGAUCUGAAAUGAUAAUAUUUACUGAAAAGUUGAUCGAAGAGAUUAAACAUUUUCCUGUUUUAUAUGACAGAAAAUUAAUGAGAGCAAAGGACAAGAUCGAUAAGGAGGAUGCAUGGAUAUCACUAACAGAUCGGCUACCGACAAAUUUAGGAAUUAAAGUUAUUCCAAAAAUUUGUUUUUCAGUUGAUGAUACCAAGAAAAGAUGGAAAACACUAAAAGAUUGUUAUUCCAAAUAUCUACGCAGUUUUAGAACGAGUAAUAGAUUUGAAGCCCGAUAUCAAUCAUGGCGAUGGUCGGAGCAGAUGGAGUUUUUUAAACCAUUUAUGUUACACAAUGAUAGAUACGAUGGUGAUCAAGAUACAAUUCGAAACAAGGCGAAAAAAAGAAAUUACGACGGRAGACUCAAUGACUACCAAACACACAUUGUUAAAAAUAAUUUAAAAAGUCGUACAAAACUAGAUAUAAGUAAAGAAAUGUAUGUUAGAAGUUUACAGUUCGACAAGACGCAGAGUCCAAGUAACGAAAUUAAAGGCGAAAUAGAUGAAAUCGAUGAUGAAGAUUAUCAAGCUAUUGCCAGCGCAGUAUCAGAUUAUGGAAACACAUCAGGUGGUUGGGAUGAACUAAUGGAUGAACCUGAUAAUGAAGAAAUUCUCUAUAAUUCAACCACAAAAAGCAUAACAUCCGUGGACCAAGACAAAUACAUAGACCCUUUGGGGGGAAGAUAUUUUGAUGGCAUAGAUUUGACCUUUCUGGGAUAUGCCAGUAGCAUCAAGAARCUUUCACCUCGCAGACAAUCUAUUAUCAAAUUUGCCGUUGCAAAGUUGAUAAUGCGAGAAGAGUUAGCACAACAAAAUGAUAAUGAAAAUCAUUAUUUGCAUAAUGCAACCACGUAAAAUAUGGAAUUAAAUAAAAUAUUGUGUUUAUAUAUAUUAAACUUAUAUAUUUGGCUUUCAAAUAUGAAUUAGUUGAAUUAAGAAAUUUUGCCAUGAUACAGUAAAUACAAAUUAUUAUUAUAUAAUUUAUUAGAGUUAGUGAUAUUCAAGGCAGGCAGGCACUCCAGGCUGGCAAAUAAUUUUUUAUUUAACGCAAUUAUUUAUUAAAUUGUAAAUGUAUCGAAAGGAUAAGAAUAUCAAUAUAAAUUUUUAGAUGUCUCAAUACCACGCAUUGUUUUAUUCAUAUCUACAUCUGCACAUUUCAUCACCUGAAACKCAAAAUAAAGUAUCAGCAAAAACUUCGAAAUUAAUGUAUGUUCUAAUUUUGAGCAUCAUUUCUAUACAUAAUUUAUGAGAUGAGGCUGCAGAGAUUGUUUUACACGAAUUAACCCAUUCCACCCUUAAUAAAUUGAAAAUAAGUGAACAAAUAUUAAUUGUUGUAAUGCUAGCACAAAAUUUGAUUUAUUAAUUUGUAUUUUUUUAUC